CAUACUCUUAUAUCCAGGCUUGCUUUCCUCCCACUACUAACUAGGGUUAAUGUCAUUCUUCGGUCGCAGCCAACGGGAGCCCCAGUCAGACUUCCUCGACGAGAGGGAGUAUGACGACUACGGCUCACCAGCAGAGGCACGCGCAACACGCUACGGCGCCGGGACUGCGUCUACCGUGCACUACCCCACACGCCCGGUGGAUAAGGACAAGGCCGAAGCAGAGCUGGCGAUCACGAUCAAGAAAGCGACCAAUGGGGAUGAGACCGCCCCAAAGCAAAAGCACGUACGGAGGUGUAUCGUCUAUACUUGGGACUACCAUUCGUCUCAGAGCCUGUGGGCGGGACUCAGAGUACAACCAAUCUUAUCGGAUGAGGUGCAGACGUUUAAGAGCCUUAUCCUGGUGCAUAAAGUCCUCCAGGAAGGGCAUCCGAUCGUUUUGAAAGAAGCGCAGAACCAGACUGGCUGGCUGGAGACGUGUGCCCGGACAGUGGGGAACGAUGGGCAGAAAGGCUAUGGAAGCCUCAUUCGCGCAUAUGUGUCUUUCAUCCUCGCCAAGCUGAGGUUCCACCGCGUCCACCCGGACUUUAACGGGCUCUUCGAGUACGAAGAGUACAUCUCCCUGAAGGGGAUUGACGACCCUAACGAAGGGUACGAAACGAUCACCGACCUGAUGAACCUGCAGGACCAGAUCGAGAAUUUCCAAAAGCUGAUCUUCUCCCAUUUCCGCGGUUCGACAAACAACGAGUGCAGGAUCAGCGCCCUCGUCCCUCUUGUCAAGGAGUCCUAUGGCAUAUACAGAUUCAUCACCUCCAUGUUGCGUGCUAUGCAUCGCCGCACGGGCGAUAUGGAGGCCCUGGAACCCCUGAGGCAGAGGUACAACGCGCAGCAUUAUGCGUUACGCAAGUUCUACUACGAGUGCAGUAACCUCAAGUACCUCACUGGGCUCAUAAACGUCCCCAAGCUGGGGCAAGAACCGCCUAACCUGAUGGACAGCGGAGUUGCACCCGAUCUCCCUGCGCGGCCGAAGGACGCUGGUGCCCCAUCCGGGAACGGGUUCGCUGCGCCCAAAAGUCCCCCCGCUGCUCCGAGCCCAGCUCCGGAUCAGGCUAUGAUAGCUGAACAAGCGCGUAUGCUGAAAGAGUACGAGGACAAGCAGGCCGCUUUACAACAACAACGGUCAGCCGAAGAGCAGAAGAUCAAAGAGCAACAAGCGCGUGAAGCGCGCGAGUUCUCCGAGCGGCAGGCUGAGCAGGCCGAGCGGGAGAAGAGGGAACGGGAGGUGCUGGAGAACCAACAGAGGCAGUGGGCGGAACAGCAGCAGAUGUGGGGUCAGCAGCAGGCCGCGCAGAGGGUUAACGAGCUUGAGCGCGAGCUCUUGGGUAUGAGAGGCCAGUUUGAGAGGGAUCAGAUGAUGUUGGAGCAGUAUGAUCGGAGAGUCAAAGCGCUCGAAGGAGAGCUGUCGGUUAUUAGCAACAACGCUGGUUCCCAGAUCCAGGGCAAGGACGAGCUUAUCAAGCAGCUGCAGGACCAGGUCACUCUCUGGCGAAACAAGUACGAAGCCCUGGCCAAGCUCUACUCCCAGCUACGCUCCGAGCACUUGGACAUGCUUUCCAAGUUCAAGGCCCUCCAGCUCAAGGCCAACAGUGCCCAGGAAGCAAUCGAUAAGAUGGAACGGAUGGAGAGGGAUAUCAAGGCUAAGAACCUCGAGUUGGCGGAUAUGAUCCGCGAGCGGGAUCGGGCGAGGUUCGACCUGGAUAGGAGCAAGAGCAGCCAGAAGGAAGAACUGGACCGGAUUAGGCGGGAACUUUCAUUCGCUAACGAACGGGCUGAGGACGCUUCCCGCACAAAGAGCAGCGAGGUCUCGUCCAUGCUCAGCAAGUACAACCGCCAGCUUACGGAGUUGGAGGACUCGCUGCGCGCUAAGCAGAUCCAGAUCGACGAUUUGCUGCAUCGGAUCGACGAGAAGGAUGCAGAGGUCGAGAGGGUGAAACAGGAGAAGGAAGAGGAGAUCGCUGUUUUGCAGGAAGGGAUCGACCAGCAACUCCAGACUGUCGCGGACGUACAGCAGAAUCAGGGCUUGACGGACCAGGCAUAUACGGCCCAGAUCGACACCCUUAUUUUGGACAAUAGGAAGAAGAUGAACGAUAUUAUUGACUCGAUCCUCCAGGCUUGUGUGCAGAAAGUCGACGAUGCGAUCUACGAGCUCGAGUCGCCUAGCGGUGCAGGGAACCAGACGACCACGCCCGAGUAUACGCUUUCGCUCAUCGAGAAAGCCGCGAAUAACGCGAGCGAGUUCGCGACCGUCUUCACGCUCUAUAUCGACGGUGAGCACGGGGGGGACCACGUGGACGUCAUCAAGGGCGCGAACGAGUUUGCCCAGAGUCUCGCAGACGUGUUGUUUAACACCAAGGGGGUGACCCGGUUGGUCAAUGACGACGACGCUUCGGAUAGGAUUGUCAAUGUUGCCAAGGCUGCUGGGGAUAUGGGCCUCAGGUUCUUCCUCAAUGUCCAGUCUUACAAGCUCGACCUUAUGCAGCCUCAAAAGCGCAAGGAAGCGGUUAUGUUAAACAACGGCCAAGCGCGGUCGGCACUGCAAAAACUCUCAGAAGCACUCGACGCAAUCGUACCCAAGGCCAAGGCCCCGCGGCCCACAAACGGAGACAUAGGCGACGUUGUCGAGCAAGAGAUGCUGAGCGCGGCGCGGACGAUCGAGGCUGCUACCCAGCGUUUGCAGGAACUCAUGGCGAGGCCAAAAGACCCGCGGUUCAGCGGGUUCGACGUCCAGGUUCACGACUCGAUCCUUUCUGCCGCUAUGGCGAUCACGAGCGCUAUUGGCAGGCUUAUCAAGGCUGCUACUGAGUCCCAGCAGGAGAUCGUCGCUCAGGGCAGAGGGUCGAGCACGAGCCAGCAGUUCUAUAAAAGGAAUAACCGGUGGACGGAGGGACUCAUCUCUGCUGCCAAGGCGGUCGCGUUUGCUACUAAUCUGCUGAUCGAGACUGCUGAUGGACUGCUCUCGGGCACACACUCGCUCGAGCAGCUUAUCGUCGCUUCUAACGAGGUGGCGGCUGCUACUGCCCAGCUUGUCGCCGCUUCUCGCGUCAAGGCAUCCCUCAUGUCCAAGACGCAAGAACGGCUCGAGCUCGCUGCUCGCGCUGUUACCGAAGCGUGCAAAGCGCUCGUCAAGCAGGUCAAGGCUAUCUCCGCUAAGAAGCUGGACGAGGAGUCGGUCGACUACUCCAAGAUGGCCGUGCACGAAUUCAAGGUCGCUGAGAUGGAACAACAGGUCGAGAUCCUCAAGCUGGAGAAGGACCUUACUGCCGCUAGGCACAGACUGGGCGCGAUGCGCAGAGCGGGAUACCAUACGGAGGAGACGGAUUGAAGGACUGAGGGAUUGGGUAAUUUGCAAUACUUACGACUUUUCUUGAUUGUAUAUCGUUUGGAAUGUUAUGAUAUCACC